AUGAGUCUCGAGACCACCGCCUACCUGCAACGUCUUAGCGAGAAGCCGGAGCGAACCCGUAAUUUCUGCAUGGUGGCUCAUGUGGAUCACGGCAAGACCACACUUAGCGACUACCUCGUUGCGAGCAACGGCAUUCUCUCUCCGCAACUUGCGGGCGAGGUUCGGCUGCUGGACUCCCGCCCAGACGAACAGGAGCGAUGUAUCACAAUGAAGGCUAGUUCCAUUGCGCUGCGGCACGUCCACAAAGGGGUAGAGCACCUUUUAAAUCUUGUGGAUUCGCCUGGACACAUUGAUUUCUCAUGUGAAGUGUCUACAGCAAUGCGGUUGUGUGAUGGUGCAGUCAUCAUUGUCGAUGUGGUAGACGGCGUAACGCAGCAGACAAGCAGCAUGCUGCGUCACGCGUAUCGUGAGGGUCUAUCUAUGUGUCUUGUACUUAACAAGGUAGACCUUUUGGUUAUGGUGCAGCAAAUUACCCCAGAGGAGGCAUAUUACCGAAUGCGUUCCAUUGUGGAAUCAUGCAACGCUGCACUUGCUGCUUUUGCCAAUCAACUCAAGAUUCAGGAGGGUGAGGAAUCUUUCAUGCAUCAAGAUCGUGGUGAUCCUAGUGAUGAUGUAUGGUUCUGCCCGACGAAAGGCAACGUACUCUUUUGUAGUUGCUACGAUGGAUGGGCCUUCACGACCAAUUUUUUUGCUUCUCUCUACGAGAGCAAAUUGGAUAUUGCCAAUUUGCAUGCAUCUCUUUGGGGAGAGUAUUAUCUUGAUGCCAAAACAAAGGCCAUCGAUAUAACUCCACGGCGAGCUGGACAGCAACCGCUAGCAGUGCAGUUAAUGCUGGAACCCAUUUGGCAAUUAUACCGAACGUUUCUUGGAGAGAAAGAUAAUGUGGAGGUGCAGUUGCGUAUGGCCGCUAAACUGGGUGUUCCAGAGCGCUUGUGGAAUAACCCUCGACGCGACCAGCGAGGAAAAUUAAAGGCGUUGCUGUCUUCAUGGCUUCCGCUUGCAAAUUGUGUUCUAAGCGUCAUUUGCGACAAGUUGGAUUCUCCUGUUGUAGCGCAACGCCGUCGACUGCCCCUCCUUAUUCCGCGAUUUGAUGAGGCCUCUAGUCAAGUAAAGGAUGCGUUGAUCAAUUGCUCAAACAGUCCUGAUGCCCCAUGCAUUCUUUAUGUCUGUCGGCUUAUCGAUACGCAGUUUCUUGUGGGUACAACGAUUGGACAAGAGAAAGAUAGGGACGAUGCAUUUAUUGGAUUUGCCCGAGUCUAUAGUGGUCGCCUUAUUCCAGGUCAAAGGGUGCAUGUUCACAGCGAUGAAAAGGUUGUUGAGGUAAAUGUGGGGAAAGUUUUUCUUUUCCGCGGCACAGGUUUGGAUGAGGCGACCGAAGCCUGUAGCGGGACACUUUGCGGCGUUGGUGGACUCACGUCAUACAUCACAAAGUACGCCACAUUGUCAACGAUGGAGGGGGUGCCGCCGUUUAAACCCCUCGUCUUGCAGAGCACAUCCAUCUUGCGUGCCUCUGUCUAUCCAAAGGAUCCGAAAGACCACCUCCAAUUGGUGAAAGGGUUACAGUUGUUGUUCCGGGUUGACCCGCAGGUGGAGGUGAGCAUUCUCCCCACGGGUGAACAUGUGAUUGGCACAGCUGGGGAAGUACACUUGGAGCGAUGUUUAAAAGAUCUUGUGGAUACUUUUGCUCGGGUGGAGGUUUUGGCGUCUGAACCGAUUGUGUCUUUUCGAGAGACUCUUGCUGCUGGAGGUGCGAGUAUGAAGCCCAAGUUGCAUACGGGCACGACUGCUGAUGGUGCCUUCUCCAUCACUCUACACGCCCGUUGUAUGCCUCCAGAUGUGUUCGAUAUAAUUAAAGAUGACUGCAUGAACCAUGGCUCCAGCAUGCAGGUGCAGCGACAGGUGGAAACUGCGCUAAUGGCAAACAAGCGAUGGGCAGCGGAAAUGCAAAAGGGGAUUGUUGCAUCUGGUCCAACAAAGCUUAGGUUUCUCGGAGCACUCUUGUUGCUGCAGUUUGGUGACGACGAAACAUCUUUGGAAAAGUUGCGACUAUUUGAGGACUGGAAGGACUCCAUCAUAGCGGGAUUUCAGGCAGCAGCUGAGAGUGGUCCCAUGGCACAGGAGCCUUUGUUGAACAUUGCGUUUAUCAUUACGGAUAUUUCAGUUGACACCUCCUCCGGCCUGACAGGUGGAAUGGUGUUGCCAUGCGUCCGGGACGCCUGCCGUGCGGCGAUGGAGCUUCACCCACGGCGACUCGUGGAGCCCGUAUAUGAGUGCACUGUAUACUCGUUUGGUGCGACACAGGGGAAGAUUUAUGGGUCUCUCAGCCGUCGUCGCGCGGAGAUUAUUGAAGAAGUGCCUAAUGAAGGCAGUGAUCUCUUCUACAUCCGCUGCCUGCUGCCUGCUGUGGAGGCGUUUGGGCUGCAGGAUGAGCUACGUGUCAUAACGCAAGGGGCAUCGACGGCACAACUCCAAAUGAGUCUGUGGAGCAUUGUGGAUGCGGACCCGUAUUUUACACCGACAACAAAAGAAGAAAUUGAGGAAUAUGGCAACGAGGUGGUGAUGAAAAACAUUGCGGGGCAGUUACUCGAGCGUGUUCGCCGCCGCAAGGGACUCCACCGCGAACGGGUUGUUGAAAAUGCCGAGAAGCAGAAGUUUUCUCUCAAGGGAGCUUGA